CAUGUCUUCACGAGAUCACCACAACAGUGGCCACAGUAGUAGAAAGAGGGAAAGGAGCCCUGCAGACGACAGAGAAAAAAUCAAUGUCAAUCGUAGAUCUGACAAAGACAGAGACAAAGACAGAGACAAAGACAGAGACAAAGACAGAGACAAAGACAGGAAUGAAAGUAGCCGUAAUCACCGCUCGUCGCAUUCGUCGCGCCACGACUCUGCAAGAUCUUCCAGUAGGCGCGAUAGCAGCCCAAAGAGGCAUCGAUCUUCACGGGAUGACGAUGAAAGAACUUAUAGAACGAGCAAAGAUGGACGCGAACAUGAACGUGAUCGCGAUCGUAAUUCUCGAAAGAGCUCCCAUAAGGACGAAAAAGACAAAAAGAAAGACAGAGACAAGGACAAGGACAGGAAAAGAGACCAUCGAAAAUCUUCGAGACGUCAUGAAUCUGAUGACAGUGAAGAGGAGAGCUCUAGCUCAGGGUCAGAUUCACGGACUAACAGCGCAACAGAUAGCGAGAGUGAGGAUGACGAAUUGGUUAAGAAAGCGAAAUCGAUGAUUCAGACAAUUUCGGAGGAUGAUUACUUUGCGAAAUCGACAGAAUUUAGGUUAUGGUUACGCAAGUCCAAGAAAAAGUACUUUGAGGAUCUAUCUGCAGAUGAAUCAAGGAAGUACUUUAAGAAAUUCGUCCGCGCCUGGAACAACUUUACCCUUGAUGAAAGUUACUAUAAAGGAAUUCGGUCUUCCCAAAUGGCUAGCAAGGACUUGACAAAAUAUCAAUGGGGUUUUGCGAAAAAGAUUGACAAAGCAGAUCAGAACAAAGUUGAAGCAAUCCGGGAUUCGAUCGAUACAAUGACCAACACAAGAUUUGCUCAGGAAGUGAAUCGGUUGACUGGCAAGUCUACAGCUUUAGACUCAAGCAAUACACCAAAACGAGUACUCGGUCCGGCAUUACCGCCUUCUACUUCUAUCCCUACAUCUAGAAGACCUUUAACUGGAGACGAAAUUGCUGAAAAGGAGGAGCAAGACGAGUUUAACCGUCGAAAAUAUCGUGCGGAACAGCGCGCUUAUCGGAAAGAAAAGGAGGUAGUCAUGGAGGAACUGAUCCCCAAAGCAACUGGUCGGGAGGCAAUGUUAGAGAAGAGACGUGCUCAAAAUGCCUAUCAUAAACGUGAGCGUUCACCUGAUGUAGAAUUGUCAGAACAGGACCUGAUGGGCACGGGCGAUGAUUAUAAAUCCAUGUUGGCAGCAGAAAGGCGACGGAGAGAAGCAAGAGAGACAAGGAGACAUGGUGGCUCGGAGGGCCUACAUGCAACAGGUUCCAUGGGCUCAAGUCAAAGUUCAGCUGCUGUGGCCCUCAAAGAGGCAAAGCAGCAAGCAUAUAAAGAAAAGGAGGAAAAGCAACUGGAGGCUUUACGGCAGCUCUGGGCUCAAACCCAGGCUACCAAGGGCGGCUUGCAAUAAUAUGCUCCAUCACGCGGUCAUCAUUAAUAAAAC